AUGAAAAUGACAAUGUUUCGAGGCUUCCAAACACCGUCACCGCCCAAUUAUCCCAUGGAUAGGAAGAUCAAGAAGCCAUUGAUGGAGAAACAUCGGCGAGAAAGGAUGAACAAGUCGUUAUCGCAUCUAAAGGACAAACUUAUCAAACAUUACCCAUCCGAAACGUAUGUAAUUUUUUUUGAUUCCUUCAGGUUGCAUAAAGAUUUUGACGGUUUUUAUGUUACAAAUUUUUAGGUCAAAACUCGAAAAAGCCGAUAUACUUGAGAAGACCGUGUUUCAUGUAGACCGUAUGGAGAAGAUGCUGGAAACGGUUCAACAGUCCUUCAAUGCCAACAUGAGGCAAAUGGAAAUCCGCUUCUUUGAAUUCUUAGCUUUGCCCUCCAACGGUCUUAGUCAAGAACAACUUUCCCGUCUCAAACAACAAUAUCAGCUCUUCUCCAAACGCCCUGUUCAUCCUCCUUUCCCCAUCAACUUCAAUGUUGUUUGUCCAAAUAUAUUCAAGAGCUUCCCACCCCUGCUAAUGCCCAUGCCCAUACCCAUAAUGCAGAAUAUGCAAGCUAUGGCAAAUAGGGCACUAGGAAAGGAGGCCUCGGCCAAAGACCCUAUGUCAGCCAGUACAACAUCAUCAGCCGAGAAUACUCAUCCGUCAAGCACGUCAACCACUCCACCUUGCUCUUCCCAAACUCAACAAGAGGAAGAAGGGGAGAAUGAAGAGAUUGAUGUGGUGGAUAACGAAUGGUAUUCCAAGAGAUCUGAUGACAGUGGAAUCUCCUCUUCUCCAGAGAUCUCCAGAUUCCAGAAGUCACGGUCCGAGGAUGUGUGGAGACCCUUUUGA